UCAGGUGUGUUCAGAAUGAAGGGCUGUUAUAUAGUGCUGCUCUUCUUCCUGUCCUCAGGGACAGCUCAAACAUGCUGCACAUCCGUCGAUGCCAUGUGGAAUGAACUGAAGAUGCUGAGAGACAUGGUGGUGGAGCAGAGGUUUGAGCUGAGGGGCCUGGAGAGCAGAAUGAAAGACGUCGAGGAGAAGACUGACGAAGACAGGGCGAAGAUUUUAGUUUUGACGAUGGAGCUUGGGAACAUGUCAGAGAAGGUGGAGGAGCAGAGAACCGAGCUGGUGGCCACAAGAAACAAGAUUUCUGAGCUGGAGAAGGAAAACGCAGUGUUCUCAGCAGAGCUGUCAGCUGCUGGACACAGAGUGGAAGCCAGUGAGAAAGAAGUGGCCACUCUGAAAGGAGCGCUAAGCACGACCGAGGAUCAAGUGCAACUGCAGAAGAUAACUGUGGAGAACCUGGAGAGAGCAAACACAGAGCACGAGAGCAGACUGAAUGCUGUGGACCUCAGACUUACAGACAGUGAAAAUGAAGCAGAGGAGCAGAGGAUGGAAGUGAGGACUCUGAGAGAGGAUCUGAACAGCACCAUGACUGAGCAGCAACUCCAAAACAUGAACAUAGAGAGACUUCAGAAAGAAACUUCAGUGUUCUCAGCAGAGCUGUCAGCUGCUGGACACAGAGUGGAAGCCAGUGAGAACGAAGUGGCCACUCUGAAAGGAGCGCUAAGCACGACCGAGGAUCAAGUGCAACUGCAGAAGAUAACUGUGGAGAACCUGGAGAGAGCAAACACAGAGCACGAGAGCAGACUGAAUGCUGUGGACCUCAGACUUACAGACAGUGAAAACGAAGCAGAGGAGCAGGGGAUAGAAGUGAGGACUCUGAGAGAGGAUCUGAACAGCACCAUGACUGAGCAGCAACUCCAAAACAUGAACAUAGAGAGACUUCAGAAUCAAACUUCAGUGUUCUCAGCAGAGCUGUCAGCUACUGGACACAGAGUGGAAGCCAGUGAGAACGAAGUGGCCACUCUGAAAGGAGCGCUUAGCACGACCGAGGAUCAAGUGCAACUGCAGAAGAUAACUGUGGAGAACCUGGAGAGAGCAAACACAGAGCACGAGAGCAGACUGAAUGCUGUGGACCUCAGACUUACAGACAGUGAAAACGAAGCAGAGGAGCAGGGGAUGGAAGUGAGGACUCUGAGAGAGGAUCUGAACAGCACCAUGACUGAGCAGCAACUCCAAAACAUGAACAUAGAGAGACUUCAGAAUCAAACUUCAGGUAAGAUUGCUUUCUCUGUUGGUUUGAACGGUCCGGUGGGACCCCUCAACACUGACACUCUGCUGAAGUACGAUAAAGUCUUCACCAACAUUGGCAAUGCUUAUAACCCUACAUCAGGAAAGUUCGUCGCACCCAUCAGAGGAGUUUACUACUUCAGAUUCACAGCAUUUCACUACAAACAUUCUCACUAUGUUGGCGUAGACCUGUACCACAAUGACCAGAGACUGUUAUCAAAUACAGAACAUAUCAAUAAUGAAGGGCAUACGUAUUUGUCAAAUGCAUUAACUCUUCAGUUAGAUGAGGGAGAUUUGAUGUACAUGAAGCUUCCCUCACUGAACAGUCUGUAUGAUAACUAUGAAAAUCACAACACUUUCAGUGGCGUCCUCCUCUUCAGUUUGUAAGUGAUGGUCAUGUGAUCGUCACAGUGAACUACUUAUUUAUGAUGAACCAGCACAUCAAUAAAUAUCUGAUGAUUAAACUCCUUGGAUAACCGGA